UAAAAUACAAACAAAACUGUGAAAGAAAAAUAGCGAAGAAAAAUAAUCAGUUUUCCCGAUCGUUGCAAGAAAGUAAGAAAGAAAGAAAGAAAGAAAGGAAACCUACAAGAGAUUGGGAUUGAGGCGUUGAUUCGCAUGGCUAUGGAGCUUUCGGCAUUGCAUCGUAAGAAUGGUACAAGAGCGUGCAUCACGAGCUAGAGUUCCAUGACCUAAUUCGAACGAGCGGCGGAGCUACGGCGGUGCAACCACGUGCUUCGGUCGUUGGUGCGGCGAGAAGGUCUGAACUUGUAGAACUAUGAUAAGAAUUGAGGAUCGUUGAACUUUGCCGUUGUUGUUCGGAGAGGGAAGUUAUAGUUAAAAUUAGGUUAGGCGUGUUGAUUCUGGAGAGUUCAGGUCGGGGAACGGAGCUUCUUGGACUCGAGGUAAGUGAUGAAGUUCUGUUUUCGGAAUGGUUAAUAGCUAUUGGGGAUGUAAUUGGGAAUGAUGCCAUUUCGGACUGAGGUUGAUGAAAUUGGGGUGCGGAGUGGCGAAUUUAGCUGAAGGGGAUUUGAAUCUUACAACGCUAACAAGUUGGGGAACGUUCUUGCAUAGGACAAUAUUGGAACUUUGAAGGCCAUUGAUACUUUAUUGUAUAUAUAAUACAGACCAUUUCUUUUAAUAAUUAUACAUAUGGGCCCUUAUGUCAGUUUUUCACUUAAAAUUUCGUUUUCUAUUAGAAAUACCUUCACUAGAACUAGAAGCUUCAUCACGUCUGAGCUCUGAAACGGAAGGUUUGAAUUGUGAUACCAUUACUGGUUCUGAAAUUGUUGGGAUGAAGCUUUCAAACCUUGAUGGAAAUUCAUAACCGUGUCUCUGGAGAUUUUGGGCAGGAUGAGGAGGUUGUGCAGAAAAUAACAGAUUCUUACAUGGGUACAUGUGAGAAAGAACUUCAGAAAAGCGGGUCUAAAAGUCCUAAUGAAAAUAAAGAGGACUUAAACAUGCAGCCAGAGAUUGAGACUGGUCAGGUACAACAUGAUAGAUCAAGUGCGGGGACUGAUACGAAUGAUAUUAGUGCCCAAGAACUUAGUUGUAAACCACCUCAGAAGCCCUCAGUGGACUUAGAAGAUGAAGAUGCAAUUUGUACACGCACAAGGGCUCGUUAUUCACUUGCUAAUUUCACACUUGAUGAACUUGAAAAUUUUUUACAAGAAACUGACGAUGAGGAUGACCUUCAACAUGUUGAUGAUGAAGAAGAAUACAGGAAAUUUCUUGUUGCAGUGUUGCAGGAUGUAGACGGUGACAGCAAAAGUCAAGAAAAUGAGACUGUUGAAGACGAGGACGAGGAUAAUGACGCUGACUUUGAGAUAGAACUUGAAGAGGCACUUGAGAGUGAUGUUGAUGAAGUUACAAGAGACUUGACUCAAAAGGAGAACAACAGAGCUGUAAGACGACCAGAGACUAGACAGAAUAAGCGUUUAAAAGCGUCCGUUCAAAAUAGCAAACGACAUUUAGGACAGGCAAAGCGGCCAUUGCGACCACUCUUGCCAAUAUUGCCUAAUGAAACAAUUCCUUCUUUUUCCCCUCAUGAUGGGAAAACCUUGGCAACUUGGAAUGCUCCUACUUCUCGGUCUUCUGUGAAUAAGGAUAACUUAAUAAAUGGUUUUGCACCAAAUCAAAUUGGUCAACUAUACUGUUUGAUUCACGAGCAUGUGCAACUUCUCAUUCAAGUCUUUUCCAUAUGUAUAUGUGAUUCUUCUCGACAACAUAUUGCCUCCCAGGUACAUGGAUUGAUCUCUGAGAUGCUUCAUAAACGGAAUGAAGUAUUGGCAUGGAAAAAGGUUCCAUUUCCUGGCAUUUGCUUUGAUUUUCCAUGUGUUUAUUCGUCAAUGCCAGAUGAAGUAACCAAUAGUAGUUUCCAAGCGCAAAGAACGUUGGAAUCAAACGGCUUUUGUGGUGGGCAAAUCACGGGGUCUGCUCAACAAACCUACCAAAGGGUUGCAUCACAAACAACUCAUGAUAGAGGGCGUGAUUCUGUUUCUGUUAGACAGGUGGUUGAAGGCUCCAGUUGGGCACCAUUUGUAAGUGGCCCAGUACUAUCUAUGCUGGAUGUAGCUCCAUUGAAUUUAGCUGGAGGCUUUUUGGACGAUGUUAAUACUGUUGUUCAAGAUUAUCGAAGACGUCGUUUGGAAUCAACAUCAGAUACACCCUUAGAAAGAGAACCGCUUUUUCCCCUCCCUAGUCUCCAUGCAUUUCCUGGAGUUAAUUGUGAAGGUAUGUCUGGAAGCAUCUCAUCUGUCAACACAGCAACACUUUCUCCUAGUCAACAGCCACCUAAGAAGUCAUUGGCAGCUGCACUUGUUGAAAGCACCAAGAAACAGUCUGUUGCCAUGGUUCUAAAGGACAUUGCGAAGUUAGCCCAACAAUUCUUUCCUUUAUUCAACCCAGCAUUAUUUCCUCAUAAGCCACCCCCCGCUGCUGUGGUAAAUCGGAUUCUUUUUACAGAUGCAGAGGAUGAGUUAUUAGCCCUAGGAUUGAUGGAAUACAAUACAGAUUGGGAGGCUAUCCAUAAGCGAUUUCUUCCUUGCAAAUCUACACAUCAGAUUUUUGUUAGGCAGAAAAAUCGAUGCUCGUCAAAAGCAAAUGAUAAUCCAAUCAAGGCAGUUCGGAACAUGAAGACAUCGCCUUUGACUGUGGAGGAGAUAGCACGUAUUCAAGAGGCACUUAAAAUUUACAAAUCUGACUGGAUGUCUGUAUGGCAAUUUGCUGUCCCGUAUAGAGAUCCAUCAUCAUUAGCACGAAAAUGGCGCAUUGCCCAUGGAAUUCAGAAGUCUUAUAAACAACAAAAUCCAGAAAAAAAGGAGAAACGACGUAUAUAUGAAUCAACACGGAGAAAGAUGAAGGCUGCAAAUCAUGAUUCCAAGUUUGAAAAUACUGGCAGGAUAAACAAUAAUAGAUGUGGGAACGUUGAUAAUGAUGGCACUCCUUUUACAAACGAGGCCUUUGAUACAGAAUGGAGACCAGGUACCUCCAGUGGACUCAAUCUCGUUGAUGGUAAUCUUCCUUGUGAUAUAUUACCGGAAAAGGAUAUCCAGGGCAAAGAACAAAGUAACUCAGUUGAAUCUGGAGACAUGCAAACGCAGAAAAAAGAUGUUCAUUGGUUCUCUUCUGGACCAGUGCACUCAGAACCUCCACAAUCUCUUUCAACCCCAACUGGACAUGUAACACCCACUACGAAUGCACAGAAUCUCAGAGUUUCAGAUGUGAAGUCUCCAAUCUACUCUAGGAAUUAUCGGGCUCGUAGAUCUAAUAGUUCACAUUUGGUCAAACUAGCUCCAGACCUUCCACCAGUCAAUCUUCCUCCGUCCGUUCGUGUAGUUCCCCAGUCAUUUUUCAGAGGAUCUGUUUUUGGAGCACCAGCAAAGGCUUUUGCAGCCAAAAGCAAUAAGGAAAUUUCUCAGGCGAUCAAUACAGCCAAUAGCAGGAUGAACAAUAGUAAUCCAUCAAACAACACACACAAUGUCAUCCCACUAAUGGAAGAUGCUUCUAAAACAAACAUGGAAGAAUCCAGAGCUAACAAUGAUAAUCCUACUGAGACAGAAAGAGGCACAGAUUCUGAUCUUCAUAUGCAUCCUUUACUUUUCCGGCCCUCGGAUGAUGGAUCUGUGCCUUAUUACCCUGUAAAUUGUAGUUCUAGUACGUCUGAUACUUUUGGUUUCUUCUCAGGAAACCAACCUCAGUUGAAUCUCAGUCUAUUUUAUAAUCCACAGCCAGAGUACCAUGUUGGUUUUGAAAAAUUAUUGAAGUCAAAGAAGUUGACUUCAUCACAUAGCAUUGACUUCCAUCCCCUCCUGCAAAGAUCUGAUGAUAUAGAUCAGGGGCAUACGGCUGCAUCUUUGGAUGGCAGAUCUCCUCAUGGUCACAACAUAUUUGGUGCUGUACAGAACCAACCUUUGGUUAGUAAUGGACAGUUGACUAGGGAUACGGAAUCCUUUAAGCACGGUGAUAAGAGUUAUGGUUUGGAUUUAGAGAUACACCUUAGUUCAGCAUCCAAUAAAGAAACCAUUCCAGGGAAUAAAGUAUUCACUGCACAUGAUCAUUCAAAGUCAGUCACUGUUAGAAAUUCAGAGCGAUUAGAGAACCUACACAAUGGUCACUUGAAUGGACAAACAAGAACUAAUGAAGAGGGCAAUCUUGUUUCUGAUGCUCAUCCCCUCGUUCAACCAUCUAUAGACAAUUGCAGUGAUGACGUGGAUGACCUUUCUCACCCAGGUAUCAUUAUGGAACAGGAAGAAUUAAGUGACACUGACGAAGAAGUUGAAGAAAAUGUCGAGUUUGAAUGCGAGGAGAUGGCUGACUCUGAAGGAGAAGAUGGAUCUGACUGAACCGAUUACUGAUUUGCAACAUAAGAGGGUUAUUCGAAGUCCAGGCUAAGUGCUGGAGACUUUCAUGUCCAUCGUGGAGGAAAACACAGUAUCAUCAUCAUCGCGAGUUGCUUUGCCAUUUCUCUCAGAAUUGCUUUAUAUAUUGCUGCGGAGCACUUGUUUGAGAAUUCGAUUCAAUUUUGGAGACCAGAAAGUCAUUUGCAGUGAUCUUAUACCUGCCCAACGGAAGAAGAUGAAAUAGAACCCACAGCUCGGGGGGUAAGACAAUAUGAAAAUCAGACAUAUUCGUCAUCCGUAAGUGUUUUGGAUCCCUUCUUUGAAGCUGUCUGGCAGUUUAAGGAUAUUGCAGGUACCAUUCCAUGGUUACAGUAAGAUUCAAAUUUGCCAGAUACAUUCUGAUCUUGGUCUUGGUCAUAAGGGCUUUUGAGUACCACGGUAAAACUGCACCUCCUUCAUCCCUACAUAUUAUUGAGAAAAGAGGACAGAGGGGAAAUAUAAUUCUGUAGAGCCGGGUAAUUCUGGGUGAGACUGAGAUGGCUCGCUAUCUGAUCCAUUGGUAAUCUAUCGUCAUAUUGGAUACAUUGUCUUACCGUUCUCUCAGGAUGAGGAAAUGGCAUGAUCAUAAUCGACCACAAACACAUACUUUGAUAUCCCAUCAGGAAAUAUGGAACUAAUGGAAGACAGGAUUGGAUUUGCAGUAGAAAGCAAAGGCAGCAAAGUGAGAUUAAGGAAACUCUAGGUUUGACUAACUCACUUUUUCAGGUUGGAUUACCUGUGAGGUAAACUUGAGAUCUGCUUCAUUCUUAUGUCCAAUUUGCUGUUAAAUAUGAAAUGUAAAUAAUUAUACUAUGUUUUAUCAUUUCUGGUCAACUCUAAUGAAGGUUCUUUUCACAAA